AUGAAAGACACUGGUCUUUUAUUUAAUGGGGAAUGGUAUAUUUUUACAAAGCCGUUUGAUAAAAAAACUCUUGCUCGUGCCAAAUCUAUGGGCAUUUAUGCACCUAUGUUAUUGGCAAAUGAAGCAGCCCCACCUAACGAAAAGAAAAGUGAAAUUCCCUUAAUUCACGUUUACGAUGAUCAUAAUAAUUUGGUCCAGGUUACAAAUUCAAUUACUGAAGUUGCAAAUUAUUUAUCAAUUGCUUCUGUACGCAUUAAAGAAUAUCUAGAUUCUAAUAAAAAGUUGGCAAUAUAUGGACCUGAUCAAAAUCCCAGAUUUUAUUAUUAUAUUGUAACAAAAACAGUACCAUCAAUUAUCGCCGUAUAUAAUGAAGACGAAAAUAUAAUAGUAAUUCACAAUCCCAAGGAGAAAAGUAUGAUGUGUGAUGACGCCACCAGAGAUUUUAAUGGUACCAGAAAACCUAAUGAAUUCGCAACAAAUAAUCAAGAAAUAAAUAAUCAAUUAGAAGUUUUACCUUUACCAGAAUCGGAUUUUCUUGAUUCAAUUCGAUUUUUUGCAAGUAACCAUUUUACAUAUGAUAAUGUACGCCCAAAUAUUUUUGGAAAAAUGAAUGAAACUGCUUUGCUUACCAUGGCAAGUAAUCAGUUCAAGACUAGUAAUAUUGGAGGCACUUUAGCUAUAACUCAAGACAAGUCUAUAAAAAAUAUUCUCACUCCAGCAAGUGAUCAAUUCAAGACUAGUAAUAUUGAAGGCACUUUAGCUAAUACAGAUCUAAAUAGUAUGGCCCAAAAGGCUUCAACUGAAGAUAUUUCAAUCACUGAAAAAUUUGAUACCCUUCAUUUUAAUAUUCCAUUAGAAACUGUGGAGUCUCUUUGUAUAUAUGAGAAAAAGUCAGGCGAGGCACAAAAGUUUUUAGAUCACAUGGGUGAUGAUUUUAGGUGGCCUGCUUCUAUACACGAUAAUAUCAAAUAUCAGAUCUUCCAGACUUUCGUUAAUGAUGAUGAUCUUUUAGAAAGUAACCAAGAAUAUGCACUUAAUUGCAUUUAUUUUUAUAACAGUCUUGAUAAAGGAUUGUUUAAUGAGCAUAAAGAAGACUGGGUACUAGUGUACAAACAGAAAGUUGUUGAGUAUGGAAAAGAAUAUACAAAACAACAACUAUUAGAUCUCAAUAACAAAAUGCCUGGUGCCAUUUAUCUUCCAGUUGAUCCAUUACUUCGUGAAAAAAUUGUUAAUCCUGAAAUUCCUGCAGCAAGAAUAAUACAUUCAUUUCGAUGA